AUGCAGCGGCAAAUGGCGGCGACGGUGGAGGAGCAAAUGAUGGUCAAGGCCAUCAGGGAGGAGUCACCGUGGGAGGCCCUUCCCAAGCGCAUCCAGGCCAUGCUCGUCACCAAGGAGGAAUGGCAUCGCAGGAUUGUGGAUUAUUGCAUACGUAAACGCUUGCCAUGGAACUCCUGUUUUGUACGAAAAGUAUGCAAAGAAGGAGAGUACUAUGAGGAUAUGAUGCGCUAUCUCCGCAAAAAUCUUGCAUUAUAUCCAUACCAUCUUGCAGAUUUUACAUGCCGAGUAAUGAGGAUAUCACCCUUCAAAUAUUAUUGUGAUAUCCUUUUUGAAGCUAUGAAGAAUGAGCAACCAUACGAUAGUAUACCAAACUUCAGUGCUGCAGAUGCUUUAAGGAUUACUGGUAUAGGAAGAAAUGAGUUUAUUGAUAUCAUGAAUAAGUGCAGAUCAAAGAAGAUAAUGUGGAAGCUGAACAAAUCAAUUGCGAAAGAGUUGUUGCCUACAGAACCUGCAGAUCUAGCGAUAGAACCAUGGUGGGGUGUUCGAUUUGUUAACUUUACAUUGGAAGAAUUUAAGAAGCUUUCAGAAGAUGAGACAUCAGCAAUAGAUAAAAUUUGUAAGGAAGAAGUCAAUUCAUAUGUCCUAUUUGAUCCAAAUGUUAUAAGGGGUCUUUACAGGAGAGGGAUGGUAUACUUUGAUGUCCCUGUUUAUCCUGAUGAUCGUUUUAGAGUUUCUAGGCUUGAAGGUUUUGUUUCAAACAAGGACCAGUCAUACGAAGAUCCAAUUGAAGAGUUGCUAUAUGCUGUAUUUGUUGUAUCAAGUGAAAAUUCGACAGUCGCUGAAUUGGCUACAACUUUACAAGCUGACCUUUAUCAACUCCAAGCGGCUGCAUCAUUUGCCUGUCGAUUGGGUUGGGCUGUAAAGCUUUUGGAUACUGACUCUGUUCUUAGAGACUCAAGCAAUUCUACAUUGACUAGUAAUAUCCUUAUAGAUGAUGAUGAAGGUUCACGUAUGAGUACAGCCUCCGAAAAGUAUGGUCAUGAGUUGCUUAGUUCUGAUUCUGAUGGAAACAAGAAAAACUCUGAAACAGCUUACGUGGGCUUCAUUGUGGAUGCUAAUGUGACUUCAUACUUGAUGAUGGGUUCACUCUCUCCAGGUUUAAAAUCGCACGCCGUAACACUAUAUGAGGCAGGAAAGCUUGGUGAUUCUUGCAUUGCAGAGUUAUGCGUUGAUUUAGCUAGUUUAGAGGGGAAACACUUUGAGGGUGUGUUACAGGAAUUUGCAAAUCAUGCUUUUAGUCUUCGAUGCUUCCUUGAGUGUUUGCUAUCUGGCGGAACUUCACCAAAUGAAACAAGUGAUAAGAAUAGUGAAGUAAAUAAUCAGAAGUACUCCGGGCAUGUUGAUUUAGAUAUCCAUUCUACUAAGGAAAACCAAGAAAAUGAUGUUGAUAAUGUUGUUGAGAAAAAUGAAAGUGCAAUUAAAAUUUCACAGCCUUCUAGUGGAGGUCAACAUGAUGAAUUAUCACAACAAGAUCAACAAAAGGGAGACUCCAAAACUGCAGAUUGGAAGGUGUCAUCACCCUCAACUAUUGUAUCUGAAGGUAAGGAAAGUACAUGUAAAUAUGAGUUUGAUAACAGUCAUGCUACAAAGUUUGAUGGUUCAACUAGUUGCUGCUCUUUGUUGAAGAGUAAAAGAAGUUAUCGAGUCAAUAUUCUUCGUUGCGAGAGUUUAGCUUCUCUAGCCCCAUCAACACUAGAAAGACUACUUUCUAGAGACUAUGAUAUGAUAGUGUCUAUGAUUCCUCUUCCAUAUUCAGCAUUUCUACCAUGUCCGAAUGGUCUGGUACAUUUUGGUCCACCUUCUUACUCAUCAAUGACACCAUGGAUGAAAUUGGCAUUGUAUACAUCAGGGAGUUGUGGCCCAAUAUCAGUUGUUUUUAUGAAGGGGCAACGAUUGAGGUUGUUGCCCGAACCAUUAGCCAGCUGUGAGAAGGCACUGAUAUGGUCUUGGGAUCAAUCUGUGGUGGGUGGACUAGGUGGAAAGUUUGAAGGGAACUUAGUGAAAGGAAAUCUUCUAUUGCAUUACUUGAACUCAAUGACAAAAUAUUCUGCUGUGAUAGUGCAACCACUAAGCCUAGACGAUCUUGAUGAAACAGGAAAUAUUAUCACCAUGGAUAUCCCGUUGCCAUUGAAAAAUGCUGAUGGGUCAAUUUCAUCCACUAUAGCAGGCGAUGACUUGCCUAAGAAACAAGUAUCAAAUUUGAUUUUAUUAUUGGAUGAUCUAUCCAAUAAGGUUGAUUUGAGUAUAGUUGGUUAUCUUCAUUUAGUAAGGCUUCAUAGGGAUAAUGAAUCCAGUGAAACUCCUGAGAAUGAAAGUUACGAAUGGAUACCCUUGAGCAUAGAAUUUGGUAUCCCUUUGUUCAAUCCAAAGUUAUGUGAAAAAAUAUGUGAAAGGGUUGUUGAGUCAAAAAUGCUUCAAAAAGAAGAUAUCACAGAAUAUUAUGAGAUAAUGCAGAAUGUGAGAAAGACGCUAAGAGAACUAUGCACCGAGUAUCAAGCAACUGGUCCAACAGCAAGACUAUUCAAUCAGCGGGGAGGCUCAAAAAACAACUCGCCGCGCAAACUUGUGAAAAUUGUUAGCAGUAAAUGGAGUCCAUUCCAUGAUCCACCAUCGCCCACUCAUCCUGGUUCCCCAUCUGAACAUGAUAGAGCUAAACCCACAAAACGCCAAAAAUGUUUCACUGAAGUUUUGAGCUUUGAUGGCAGCAUCCUCAGGUCAUACGCACUCACUCCCGUAUAUGAGGCUGCAACAAGAUCCGUCACUGAAGAACAACCAUCCACACCUGCUGCAAAAUCAGAUCAUGAUGAUGCAAACACCAAGGAUGUGGCCCUACCAGGAGUUAAUCUGAUAUUUGAUGGAGCAGAAUUGCACCCUUUUGACAUUGUUGCUUGCCUUCAAGCUCGCCAACCUCUCUCACUAAUAGCUGAGGCGUCAUCCACAUCAUUGGCCAUGAAAUGA